AUGGAUAUGGCGUCGAAGCAGGGGCUGUUUCGUCGAUGGAUUGAGCUGGUUGACCGCCAGAAGCUUGUGGCCAUUGAGCCGGCUUUCGCUAAUCAUCUUCCUCAGCAACGCGAGGUCGCUGUUGAAGGAGAAGUCGGUGGGAAUGCGGGCGUGCCUCGAGAACCCGCGGACGUCCCCCUCAGCGCUCCAGCCCUCCAGGCCAUCCCCAUAAGUGGCUCCUCGUUGGGGCAAGCCAUGCACGGCGGUCUGGCAGAAGAUGAAAAGGCAGGAACCAAGAAUAAGUAG